AAUUAAUUUAUGUCUCUUUCAGCUCUCAGAGCAACAGUUUCAUUCUUAACUUUAAAUUCACUACUCCAAAUUUAUGAGAAUUAACCUGUUGAAUUUUGGGAUUCCAAUCAAAUGAUGUCUCAUCCUAAAUUAACUCCCAUAUUCUAAUCAAAUCAAGUAAUUAUAUUUCAUUUUAUAUCAGUAUCUAAAUUUACUUGCAGCCUUUUUCACACUUACAUUAAUAGAUACAAACAAAAAACUUCAACUUACUAAUUCAAUUGCUGUUUCCACAUCCGUUAUCAUCUAAAAUUUAAAGUAUUUUUAAUCAUUUAUUUCUUUAGUUUAUUUUUACCUAAGACUUUCAAUAUGAUAUCUAUCUACUUUUAAUUAAUUGUACUUAUUUAUCAACUCUUUAUGUUGUUUUCUACUUAUUAUGAUAAAUUUCAAUUCGAUAAAAUUCCUCAAUCUCAUUCUAUAAUUUAAUGUUAAAAUAUUGUUAAAGACAUAAAAACAGGCAAAAAGUAAACCUAUAAAAAAUAAAUCUCUCAUAAAAAAAAAGAAAAAAUAUUACAAAAAUAAUUACAACCAACACUUGAACCUCAAAUUGAUAAAAUUGAAUAAUCUGAUAAUGCAGAAGUAGCAGAAGUAGAAUCAAUUGAAAAUGAUUUCACAGAAUUUAUGAAGUAACCCUCAAAUGAUUAAACUAUUACAGAAAUAGAAACAGAAAAUUAAUAUGAAGUUAAUCAUGCUGAUCUAUCUUAGAUUUCAUAAGUUAAAGAAGAUACAAGUAAUACUCACAAUUAUUUUAUUAGAAUUAACCUUUCAACUUAAAUUCAAUGGUGAAUUUACUAAUUUAAAUUGUACUUUUGAAACUUUCGAAUCAUCUAUAAAUAUUUUAAAUUCAUCAUACACUUCAGAGCAAAUGAAACAAAUAAAAAUACAUUUGUUAUUAAACCUUUAUGAUGAAAAUGAAGAUUGUUCUUGUAGACUUUGGUGUCUUAAAAAAAUCUUAUCAUACAAUUGA